AUGCAGCUGAUGCAGGAACAAAAUGCGAUGGCGGAGCGAAGCAACAGGGCCGAUAUCAAAUGGCUCAAGACGGAAAUUCCGUCCUUGUUUUCCGCCUUUGACUUCCAGAUCAGACUUGGCGUUGGCGGCCUGGGCUGCACGGAGGACCUCGGGGUUCGACGGGCUUACUUAAGCAAUGUCGUUUGA